UGCCCGGCUGCCCCCGUUACCACGUCUUCUGACAGACCUCCCUGUGCCACCCCCUCCAUGUACAGGAACUAGAGCAGAGCCCGGCCCCGCCCUCUGGCAGCACUACCGGUGAACAUGGCUGCUGCUGUACCUUCAGCUGCUGCUCAGGAUGAGCUCAAUCAGCUUGAACGUGUGUUUUUACGCCUCGGCCAUGCAGAGACAGAUGAGCAGCUGCAGAGCAUCAUUUCCAAGUUCUUGCCACCUGUUCUUCUCAAACUGUCUAGUGCUCAAGAAGGAGUGCGCAAGAAGGUUAUGGAGUUACUUGUUCACUUGAACAAAAGGAUAAAGAGUCGGUCCAAAGUACAGUUGCCAGUGGAGACCCUUUUAGUCCAGUACCAAGACCCAGCUGCUGUCUCUUUUGUUACGAACUUCACAAUAAUCUACAUAAAAAUGGGUUACCCCCGCCUGCCAUUGGAGAAGCAAUGUGAGCUGGCGCCAAGUCUACUAACGGCCAUGGAGGGCAAACCUCAGCCUCAGCAAGACAGCCUAAUGCAUCUCCUGAUCCCAGCCCUUUAUCAUAUGAAGUUUUCCAGUGAAUCUUCCAAGUCCACAACAAUAUUUAAUCUUACUGAAAAACCAAAGACUGUUCAGCUGCUUUUGGACUUCAUGUUGGAUGUUCUUUUGAUGCCUUAUGGAUUUGUAUUGAAUGAAUCCCAAAAUCGCCAGAGUGCAUCGGCUGGCCAAACUUCCUCAGUAGCGGGAACAGGUGGCGUAGGAAUACCCCAACCUCCACCUGGUUUAAGCUUUUAUGCAGCCAAGCGAGUUGUGGGAGACAACCCAUGGACAGCGGAGCAACUAGAACAGUGCAAACUUGGCAUAGUGAAGUUCAUAGAGGCAGAACAGGUGCCUGAGCUGGAAGCUGUCAUUCAUCUGGUAAUUGCCUCAAGUGACACUAGGCACAGUGUGGCCACUGCUGCAGAUCUGGAGCUGAAGAGUAAGCAGAGCUUAAUUGAUUGGAACGAUCCAACCAUUAUCAACAAGAUGUACAAAGUUUAUUUGGGAGACAUACCCCUUAAAAUGAAGGAGGGAAACCUACAAAAGCCAGAACUGAAAAGAGAUCCAGUCAGCACCCGUGUUAAACUAAAAAUUGUCCCUCACCUCUUGAGGUCCAGAUUGGCAGCUGAGUUAUUUCCUGCUAAUAUACAAGUUGUAUAUGAUGGGCUUUUUGGUGGAAACACAAAUGCCAAGUUAAGGAUUCUAUCUCUACAGUUUGUGCACCAUAUCUGCGCAGUUUGCCCUGAUGCAAAAUUAAAACCUCUGGGUCCGAUGCUACUGAAUGGGCUUACAAAACUGAUUAAUGAAUAUAAAGAGGAUCCAAAGUUGCUUUCUAUGGCAUAUUCAGCUGUCGGCAAACUCGCGGGCCGGAUGCCUCAGCUUUUCAUAAAGGACCUAGCCUUAGUUCAGCAGUUUUUUGAGGCCAUGAGGAAGGAAGAUAUGGAUGUCAGGCUUUCUAUCCAAGAAGCCUUGUCAAUGAUGGUUGGGUCUUACACAAACCUGGAAGGAGCUCAGUUGACCCUCAUGGAAGCUCUUGUUGGAUCAUAUUUAGUGAAGCCUGAAGUUCAGGUUCGACAAGUUGCAGUCAAAUUUGCAAGCAAAGUUUUUGCCCCUGACCACAUACCUUCGAGAUACUUGCUGUUGCUUUCAGCUGGAGAUCCGAGAGAGGAGGUUUAUGGGGAAGCACAAAGAGCCCUGAGAACAUUUUCUGCCAGCAGUGAAAAUGAAGAAAAGCCUGUGAAGCUUCCUCCUUUCCCAGUAAUGGUCAGCCAUAUCAUGGAAAAGGCAUCCAGCCGAAUGAAAACGCCAGUUAAAUUUGUCACAACCACAUCCGUUCUCCCUUUCAACCCGGCAUCAUUUCUAGAGAUAAUCCUAUAUUUGAGAAUGUGCCUGGCUCAUAGUGCUGGUGUAGACCCAACCUGCCAGUCUUUAGCAGAUAUGCAAGACCAGGCACCAGCCCUCAGACGCUAUGUUAAAGAACUAAUGUCUAAAGAUGUCACUGCCCUAGAUCCUUCCAAAAAUGGAGACCUGAACCCUGUGGAGAUGUACAUAAGCCUUGUACAACAACUGCUGUCUGCAGCUGGAGGUUUACAAGUGAUGUAUUGCCUCCUUGAGAUAGUAUCUAUAUAUCCGCAGAAGCUGGCUGCCUCCUUGGUAGAUAAAAUAGACUGGAUAAAGAGUCUGAUGGUCUCUAACAAGGAGGAAAUGCGGGAGCUGGCAGCUCAGUUGUUUGCUGUAGUUGUAGUCACAUUACCUGGUCCUGAGCUAAAGUUGAAAAUUCAGGGUUUGCUCAAGACUGCUAAGGAUCAACAUAACCCAGAGGCUCAACAUGGAUCUCUACUGGCCUUGGGAUAUCUAAUUGGGAGGUAUUUGGACGGCACCAAGACUAAGAAAGAUAUGCAGGAUAUGCAGUCGGGACUAUUGCCUGAACAGGAUGAGACCAUCCAAGCAUGUGUAGAAACCAUUGGUACAUUAUUGGAUAAUGGAUCUCCCUUAUCAAUUGCUGCAAUUACGGCUUUGGGAGAGAUUGGACGGAAUGGGCCUCUGCCAAUACCAGAUGAAGGGCCUGGAUUCAACAAAAAGCAGCUGGUAGAAAAUCUUUUAGCUAGAAUACCUUCUGGUAAAGAGACAAACAAGGCAAAAGAACGCGCCAUAAGAACACUGGGAUAUUUUCCUGUUGGGGAUGGUAACUUUUCCCAUCAAAAGGUGCUUCUGCAAGGAUUAAUGGAGUCAGUAGAAGCAAAACAAAUUGAGCUCCAGUUUACUAUAGGCGAAGCAAUCACAAAUGCAGCCGUUGGAACAAAAUCCACAGCAGCCAGGGAUGUUUGGAUUAUGGCCGAUGAAGAUUUUCGACCAUAUGCAGAUGCAAAUAAAAAUGAUGUGGUUACAUGGGUAUUGGACCAGAUUCUCAACAAGCAUGUUGUCAGUGUGAAUCCACAUGUCAGACAGGCAUCUUGUAUAUGGCUGCUAUCUCUUGUGAAGAAACUGAGCAACCAUCAGGAAAUAAAGUCGAAGCUUAAAGAAAUUCAAAGUGCCUUUAUAUCUGUCCUCUCUGAAAAUGAUGAACUUAGCCAGGAUGUUGCAUCGAAAGGUCUUGGGUUGGUAUAUGAACUGGGCAGUGAACAAGACCAACAGGAGCUGGUGUCCGUACUUGUGGACACACUCAUGACUGGGAAAAGAGCAAAGCAUGAAGUUUCUGGAGACACUGAGGUUUUCCAAGGCUCUUCCAUUGGCAAAGCACCAGAUGGACAGGGUCUGUCUACCUACAAGGAACUGUGUUCACUGGCCAGCGAUCUUAGUCAACCAGACCUCGUAUACAAGUUUAUGAAUUUGGCAAACCACCAUGCCAUGUGGAACUCAAGGAAGGGUGCAGCUUUUGGUUUCAAUGUGAUUGCCACCAAAGCUGGAGAACAGCUUGCUCCUUUUAUGUCACAGCUUGUCCCACGUCUGUAUCGCUAUCAGUUUGACCCCAACACUGGUAUCCGCCUGGCUAUGACUAGUAUUUGGAAUGCUUUAGUCACAAACAAGACUACGGUGGAUAAGUAUCUGAAAGAAAUUCUUCAAGAUUUGAUAAAUAACCUUACAAGUGACCUGUGGAGAAUCCGCGAAUCAAGCUGUCUAGCGUUAAAUGAUUUACUACGUGGUCGUCCGCUUGAUGAUGUGAUUGAUAAGCUUCCUGAGAUAUGGGAAACGCUCUUCAGAGUCCAAGAUGAUAUAAAGGAGUCAGUCCGGAAAGCAGCAGAACUGGCUUUGAAAACUCUAAGCAAGGUAUGCAUAAGGAUGUGCGAACCAUGCAAGGGAGCAGCAGGUCAGAAAACAAUUGCUGUUCUUCUACCGUGCCUUCUGGACAAGGGGAUUAUAAGCACAGUGACUGAAGUCCGGGCCCUUAGUAUCAACACACUGGUUAAAAUCAGUAAAAGUGCUGGAGAAUUAUUGAAGCCUCAUACCCCAAAGCUCAUCCCAGCUUUGCUGGAAUCUUUGAGUGUUUUAGAACCUCAGGUGCUGAAUUAUCUUAGUCUCCGAGCUACAGAUCAGGAAAAGGCUGCAAUGGACAGUGCACGAUUAAAUGCUGCUAAAUCCUCCCCAAUGAUGGAAACCAUAAAUAUGUGUAUUCAGCAUCUGGAUGUCAGUGUCCUGGCUGAGCUAGUUCCAAAACUCUGCGAAUUAAUCAAGAGCGGACUGGGGUUGGGUACAAAGGGAGGAUGUGCCAGUGUUGUUGUGUCUUUAACAACGCAGUGUCCUCGGGAUCUAAUGCCUUAUUCUGGUAAACUUAUGAGUGCUUUAGUCAAUGGACUAUGUGAUCGUAACAGUGUAGUACAGAAGUCAUAUGCCUUUGCCUUGGGACAUUUAGUCCGGACAGCUCGGGAUACUAGCACUGAGAAACUUCUCCAAAAAUUGAAUGCCUGGUAUAUGGAAAAGGAGGAGCCAGCAUACAGAACUGGAUGCAGUUUAACAGUUCAUGCCAUCAGCCGCUACAGCCCUGAUGUGCUAAAGAACCAUGCAGGCAUGGUGUUGCCAUUGGCCUUCCUGGCAAUGCAUGAGGUUUCGGAUGACGAGAAAGGAGAAAAAGAAGACUCAAACCUGUGGAGAGAAGUGUGGCAGGAAAAUGUGCCUGGAAGUAUCAGUGGGGGCAUUCGAUUGUACAUGAAGGAGUUAAUAGACAUUUCACAGAAAGCCCUGCAGUCUCCGUCCUGGAAGAUGAAAGCACAAGGAGCCGCUGCCAUUGCUUCAAUUGCAAAGCAACAAACUGGAUCGCUGGUUCCUCCACACUUGGGAUUGGUGAUUGGCACUCUCUUGCAGGGUUUACCUGGAAGAACUUGGACUGGGAAGGAAGAGCUUCUGAAAGCUAUUGGGACAGUGGUUUCUAGUUGUAGUGAACAGCUGAAAGAACCAGUUCCUGGACAACAAAGAAUAGACGAUAUUAUUCAGGCAGUGUUAAAAGAGUGCCGAAAAGAGAAUGUUAAGUACAAGAUGGUAGCACUGAAGUGUGCUGCAGACGUACUAGAAUCCACAAAGGAGGAUCGCUUCCAAGAAGUGGCCGAUAUCCUAUUUCCCUUGAUAAAGAAGGCUUCCAAGGAAACUGUGGGGGCUAGAUCACCAAAGGAAGAGAAUGAAGACGAUGAGAAUGAAAAGGCAAAAGAAUUGCACACAGAAUCUCUAUUGUGUGCCUUCUCAACUCUAGGCAAGACCUGGCCCAGAAAUCCUGACACACAGCGUUGCUACCGUUUUGAAGUUUGCAAGUUAAUGUGUGAAAGAUUGAAGCUGAGCACGUGGAAAGUCCAGCAUGCUGUCCUUCAGUCCAUGAACGUAUAUUUUCAGGGGUUGCUCAUCUUAGAAAAGGAGCAUUCAGAUGUUACGGCUCUCACAGAAAUCCUUACAGAAGCUUGUCCAGUGCUAGCACAUUCUCUAGAAAAUAAGAGUUAUGCAUCUGUGAGAACAGAAGCCAUCUCUGUAAUAGAAACACUUCUAAAGAAACUUGAAGAUUCAGAACAAUGGGAAAGCCUUACGUUAGACAGCAGAAACCUGCUCAUCACAUCUUUAUCUACUAUGGAACUGGACAGCAGGCCAGACUUGAAAGAUAAAGGAAUAUUGCUCAAGAAAAAGUUGGAGAACUUAAAUUAAUAUAUAUGAAAUGAAUACCUGUGCAACCCACCCAAACAUGUUUCGUGGAUUUUGAGAACAGUUCAAUACACGAUUGCAUUUAUGCUGUAGCAUGCAUCAUUCCACACCUAAAAUAAAAAUUUCCAUGAAGUCUG